AAUGAAUUUUUCUUCAAGACCAAAUAUUAGUUGGUGAAUUUGCUUAGAUUGUCUAGUUGAGCCUCGAAACAAUUAACAACUAUUUUUAUUAUUGGAAAAUUUCAUGAGUCAAUUUGUCUUGUUGAUAUUGGAUUGAAUCAUUGAUUAAGCAUAAAUAAUCAACAUGAAAUUAGCUGAUUAUUUAAGAAUCAAUCGAAUUAAGUUAAUCAAAUCAUGUUUUUGCUUCGUUUCUUUUUUCGGCCUUGGAGGUUGUUGUACUUUAAUGGGCUCAUCGUUACUCGAUUUACAGAUUCGAAUGAGUUUGACCUUUUCUCAAGUCUCGGGUUUAGUUCCAAGUCGGUCGAUUGGCUAUUUGAUCGGUGGAGUUCUUUCCGGUUUUAUCGACUCUUGUUUCGGGCCUGAUAUGAUCUUAUUUUUGACCAAUUUUUCUGCUGGUAUACUCGUUGCUUUGGCUCCUUGGUUCAAGCAAUUCAAUGCCGUUUAUGCUUGUCUACUGUUGUCAGGAGUUUCUCAAGGAGUAUUCGAUAUCUAUACAAACACCUACACGUUGGCUAUUUGGGGAAAUCAAGCUACGAACUAUGUCCAAAUACUGCACGGAUCUUUUGGUUUGGGUUCAUUGUUGACACCGCUUCUUGUUAAACCUUUUCUACUGCCUUUAGUCCAAAAUUCAACGAACUCUUCGGAAAGUGGAGAUAACGUUCUUGGCACUUAUACUCCCGACGAUGUUAAAGUUCAAUAUCCAUUCGUUGUCGUUGGGUUAAUCUUAAUCUUUACGUCAUUUGGUUUUUUGAUGUUCUAUUUCAAAGACGAUUCGAAUCGUAAAAAUGAUCAAUCAAGCCAGACCACAGAUUCUAACGAUCAUCCAAACUGGAAAAUAGCUGCGGCGAUAUCGGCUGUUGCGAUUAUAGCUCAUACCACUUUUGGAGUCGAGACGAUGAUUGGUUCUGUGGCACCAGCAUUUGCUGUUAAAUCUGAUCUGCAAAUGACCAAACAGGAUGGAGCUAAUUUAGUGACACUAUUUUGGUCAGUUUUCACCUUCUAUCGGCUUAUUUUUAUCGCAUUAACCAACGUGAUUAAGGAAAAAUACUUGAUGUAUUUUAAUUACUCAUUGAUACUCAUUAGUGUUGUAUUAAUGGUUCCACAUGCGGCUUACAAUCAACUGAUUGCUUGGAUCUCAUUAGCGAUGCUUGGAGUUGGAUUUUCACCAACCUUUUCAGUGUCUCUUGGACUCUUGCAAAAGUACAUCAAUGUCUCCAAUAAAUACGCUUCUUUUAUAUUCAUAUUCGCCUCUGUUGGAGAGGCUGUCCAUCCUUGGAUUGUCGCUAAAUUCAUGGACAGAAUGCCGGUAGUUUUCAUCUACUAUACUGGCUUUUUAUCGGUUAUUCAAACAUUGUCUUGCUUAUUAUUACCCUUUAUUUGUAGACAAUUAUUCAAAUCGAAACCAAAGCUCACUCUGGAUAGAUCGGCAUCGAUAAGAUCGAGUCAAAGAUAAAUUCAAAGUUCUGGCAAUAAACUUGUCCAGAAGAUAAAAUUUUACUGAUUCAAUUUCAUUCAAUCUGUAAUAACUCUAAUCAAAUGUUAAUGUAAGUUUUAUCAUGCGAUCUGAAGAUUUUUGUAUCAGUUUAUUGGUGCUAAUCAAACUAAUCUAGUGAUUACUCUGAUUAGCAAUGGUAAUAAAAUAUCAUUCAGUUGAAUCAUGUUAAUGAAAAACUCAGAGAUUAUUCAUUAACAAAGAUUCUUGAUAAAGACAAACUAUCCGAAGCACCAUUGUUUUCAUAUGAUCACACGGCCCUAAAGUCUAGAAACUCAUCCAAUUAAACCUGAAAUUAACACAAUUAA